AUGACCAACCCUGGAGGGCAAACCACUCUUCCCUCCUCCUCCGGCGGCCCGCCAACUGAAACUCUUCCCGGCGGCCAGCCAAUGCCUCCUCUCCCCGCCGUCCCGCCUCCACCUCCAAUUCCCGGCGGCCAGGCCAACCUUUCCCUCACCCUCGCCCCUCUUCCACUUUCAUUCAGCGACACGAUCACCGACAUCACACCCUUCAUCCCCAUCGUCUUAGAUCUCCACAGCCACAAUUAUUACCAUUGGUGCCACUUGUUCGAGAUCCACCUCGGGCGCUGUUCUCUUCUCCAUCACAUCACCAGGGAUGCGCCCCCGGCUCCCCACGACCCACGGUGGCUCAAGGACGAUCUCCCCAUCAUCCAGUGGCUGUACACGCGCAUCUCCACCGAGCUCUUCAACUUGGUGGUCACCAACGGCGCGUCCACUCGCGACAUUUGGAUUGAGCUUCGUCGGCUGUUUCAAGACAACCGCGACGCCUGCGUCUCCGCUCUCAACACCGAGCUUCGCACGAUCACCCAGGGCGAUCGCCCCGUCGGCGUCUUCUGUCAGUGCAUCAAAGCCAUUGGCGAUGAACUCCGUGAGCUCGGCGAGGUGGUCGCCGACCGCUCCCUUCUUCACGCCCUCAUGGGCGGCUCGACGACCGGUUCGCCCAACAGGCGACCCUGA